AUGGCAGAAUUAACAUGGUUUGCUGCUACAAGGGGAAGAGCAAAGUCUGAUUUGAACUUCAAAGAGCUGCCAGAGCUUCAGUUCUUGCCCAAACUCAAAGUAAAGCUCAGAGAGUUUUCCUGCUGUGGUGGGGAUGAAUAUCGAGACUGGGGGGUCAACCAGUACCACUCCUGCAACAGCAGUGGGCCCCUGGCCUGUGGGGUGCCCUACACGUGCUGCAUCAGGAAGGCCCCUGGAGAGGUCGUGAACACCCUCUGUGGGUACAGGACACUGGACAAAGAGCGCUUGGAGCUGCUCAGCAUCAUCCAUGUCCGGGGUUGUAUCCACGCCGUGGGGCUCUGGCUCAAGGACAACUUCGAGGCCACUUUGGGCAUUGUUUGCUCCCUGCUGCUCCCACAGGUGGUGGGGCUGGUGAUGGCCUGGCUCUACUGGCAGAAGCUCAAUGAGAUCUACUCCAAGCUGGACACCGUGGAUUUCAGGAUCCUGGAGCUGCGGGAUUUCAGCUUCGGGGCUGUGGAUCUGAGCGGCGCCGGCUGGUGCUGGUGCCUGCCCAGGGAAGGGGGGUACAUCCCUGUCAACCCUGGGGAUGAGGAGGAAGAGGAGCAGGAGGAAGGCAGCACAUCCCACAGCAAAGUGUGAGGAGCUGGAGGACUCGGAAAGCUCCGGAGGAGGCAGCGGGUGUCGAGCGUGGAAAUGACGCGAUUUAUCUUCUCAGGUUCUGGAGGUGCUCUGGGGAGAACGGAGCACUGGAAGGUUCAAAAACCUACCAUGUGGGCACAGGGGCUCCCCGGGGUCCUCCUGCUUGGCCUUUUGAAGUGUUUGUGCAGCUCCUGGUUGGGGUUUGGGUUUUUUUUUUUAUACAAUAAAUGUGAAUUCUCUCGUG